UCACUAUUACAUUUUUUUUCAACUUCAAGGAUUAAAGAAGUUACAAAACAUGUUAUAAAACUUUGAAUAAAUUAGCAAAUCGGGUUUGAUACAUUGUUUCAAGUAGUUGUGGAAUUUAUCUUAUAAUUACAUAGAGUACUGAUAAAAUUGUGCGCGUGGCUGAAUCGUGCUUAUCUUUUAUAGUUGUUUGUUUGCUUGUCUUCGAGUGAACUUCGAAUGCCCUCGCCCGACCUCUCAGUUCCUCGGCCCGCUUAUCAUUAUCAGUGUGCAUAAAAUGAGACGACAGAAGGUUCAUACAGAAAAGUGCCCGUUUGUGUAAUAUAAGUAAACAUGGCCCAAACAAUGAUGAGAAAAUUUGUACUGAGUGGAACAUGUGUUGGGUUGGGAAUAAUAAGACGAAGCAGCUCACGCUGUCUUGUUACAAGCAGCAACAAUGUAAGUAUGAAAAAGAAAGAGAGAGUGCUACCAGAGGAGGGAGAGAUAACAAAAUCAGUUUUUAUGUCUCAAUCCACUGACAUAUACACCAAUUUGGCUCUUGAAGACUGGAUGUACCGGAACAUGGACUUUACCAACCAUCAUGUCAUGAUGGUAUGGAGGAAUGAGCCUUGUGUUGUUAUCGGUCGUCAUCAGAAUCCGUGGCUUGAAGCAAACAUUUCUCAUUUAACAGAGAAAGAUAUAUCUCUAGCCCGCCGCAACAGUGGAGGAGGUACUGUCUAUCAUGACCGUGGAAACCUCAACAUUACCUUUUUCACUUCUCGGGAAAGAUAUGACAGAAAGUACAACUUGGAACUAAUCAAAAGAGCAUUAUUCAGAGGAUUUGGAAUCAAAUCUAUUAUUAAUAAACGUGAUGACAUCGUUGUUCGAGAUAAUUAUAAAAUUUCUGGAACAGCUGCAAAAUUGGGUCGUUUAACAGCAUAUCAUCAUUGUACACUUCUAGUCAACGCAAACAAGGCAGAUCUCAGCAAAGCCCUGGCAAAAAGAGAGCAUGGCAUACAGACAAAGGCGACGGAGUCAACGCGCUCUGCGGUGGCCAACCUGGCAGACAUCGACCACAAGGUGACCGUGGAAAGUCUGCAGACUGCUGUAGGAUACGAGUAUCUCCGUACCCCAGCUCUGCACAUCGAAGAUGGUGGACAAGGCAUGAUCAUGAAACAGAGAGGCUUCCAGUUUGUGAACCCUACCGAUAAUUGGUUCCCAGGUCUUGAUGAACUAAAGCAAGAACUGCAAAGUUGGGACUGGUGUUUUGGUCGAACACCAGUUUUCACAGUGAGUCGCACUUUCCCCGUGCCGGCGGAGCUCCUUGCCCCUUCGAAGGUAUACACAGCCACGCAGGAGCUGGUCAUCAACAUGACGGUGGAGAAAGGGUUGAUUGAUGACGUCACUCUAUCUAUCCCUCCGGGACUCAUCGAGUCGGGUUUCCAUGGAGAGGCUUCAGUGAUAACACAUUUGAAAGGCAAGAGAUUCACUUCGGAAGCACUGAACGCUCUGCAAGACGCAAUGCUUACUCGCCAUCUUAAUAGCGAUGUCAAAAAGUUGGACGAAAAGGAACAAUUUGUCGCUAAAUGUUUCGAUCAAGUUGUCAAUACUAUUUAGAUUUAAAAUUUUACAUUGUAUAUAAUCAAAGUGGUGUUUUGUAAAAUUAGUUAAUAUGCUAUAUUUCAUGUAAAAUUAUUUUCAUUGGAUAUGUAAAUAUAUAUAGAUAAGUUUGUGACCGGCGUUAUAUUUUUUUGGUGGAAAUUAUUUGCACAAUAAUAUAUAACUACAUCUUAACUUGUAUAUUAACAAAGUUUAAGCUUUCAGAUCUUACUAACAUUAGUUUUUGGUGUAAAAUGUGCUUUGGUUAUUUCUCUUUCGUUUGUAAUCAUGUUUAAUUGUAAUAUUAAUUUUAGUUUUACUUAUUAGUAUUGCGAAUAUGAAGUAUUGUUAUUUUAAAUGUUUUCAAAUAAAAGAAAUAUACAUUAAUACUUUGAAAUGAUUCAAUAACACCGUAACAUCUAUCUGUAUUUUCAUCAAGUCGCCAAUAGCCUAAUGGUUAAAGGUACGGACUAUGAUUCAUAGUAGUGGGUUCUAAUCUAUCUAUUCGAAUAUUUUCAUGAACGAUAUCCUAGCCUCUAACUUUUUUAGAAUGGUUAUUGAUAGUAAAAAUCUUUUUUUUUUGUUAAAUGUGAAUUAAAUAUCAUAGUCGUUAAUAUAAUAAUAGCAUUUAAAGUAACAAUAUUGAUUUUGCGUCAGUAAUAAACUAUGCGUGUUGCACAUUGGUGCUGAUCGCCACAAGAAUGCAUCAUAUCAUUUGUUUUUAAUUAAUUAAAUUGUAUUGUUUUAAUUGGCAUUUGCCAAUAUAUUUUUUUUACUGAACAUUCAUAGUACGUAGCUUUUUAACAUACAAUAAUCAUACUUUUACUUAAGAACUUAUUUUAGUAGCCUGAAAGCCAUUUCAUUAUCU